CGUCAAUUGAAAAGUAAAAAUCCUAACCUCACUACUACUGCUAAAAUUUGUUUUGUUUUGAAUGUUUUGAUGAAAAACAAAUCAAAUAAUAAAUAAUUAUGAACGAAAUCGAGCCGAUCGAAGACUUAUCGAUGAAGAAUCGGCUCGACGAUUUGCACGGCAGCGUCGAAAAAAUCCGAAAAGCAGUUGACACGGCGCUGAAAAUCGAUCCCGAAAAAUUGCCUUCGCUGAAAGAGAAAAUCGACUUGGAUUUGUUUCUCGUCUACGCCGUCAAUUCGAUGUUCUGGAUUCACUCGAAGUUACACGGCGUGAAUCCAGUCGAUCUCGGUGUCAAAGUCCAAUUGAACAGGAUCAGGGAAUACAUGGUCAAAGUCGAACAGGCUCAGAAACGUCAAACCAUAAGACCGAAAUUGGAUAAAUCGGCCGCGGCGAGAUUCGUCAAGCAUGGCCUCAAUUUUAGAGACAAGAGAAAAAUCGACCUGGAUGUGACUCAAAAUAAAAAAAUUAGAUUCGAUGAUGACAACUAGUUGAUUGUUUUUUGUAAAUAUUAUAUUCUGUUUUUCUUAAAUAAACUGGAAAGAUGUCAAUUGA